AUGUCGUCUACAUAUUCCUUUCAACAGCGAAUGGACGAUUUAGAGAAAAGACUUAAAUCAGAAAAUGACAAAGCUCGAAGAAUAGUUGGAACCAGUGAAUUAAUCUAUCCAGGAGGCGGAGAGUCGGCUAAUUCCAGUCCCCGGAGACUUAGACAGAUUCAAGAAUUAGGUGCCUCCUCACGUUCCAGUUCAGCCCCUUCUCCUGAUCGAGAAAAUCUGCGGAUUCUUCCUAACAUGGCAUCUCACCGUCAAAAGCCCCCAAGACAGCCAGACAGACUCAGUUUGACUGGGGCAAUGGCCAGUAAACCAGACAGACUGACUCUGGCAAUGCCUGGACAGGACAGACAUGCUUUCCCAGCACCUCCCAAACAACCUAAUAGUGCUGAAAUAGAAAGAAGGUACAAAGAGAUAAUGAGUCAGACAGGAAUUCUGACUCUAGAUGGAAAGAAAUAUCCAACAGAAAUAAGUGAACUGCAGCACUUGGGAGAACUUGGUCAUGGGACAUGUGGCCAUGUGGUGAAAAUGAGACAUAAGAUAACAAAUCAUUUGAUGGCUGUCAAACAAAUGAGAAGAUCUGGAAACAAAGAGGAAAACAAAAGAAUAAUUAUGGAUUUAGACGUGGUGAUUAAAUGUCACGACUAUCCCUUUAUAGUGCAAUGUAUUGGAACCUUUAUAACAGAUAGUGAGGUUUGGAUCUGUAUGGAACUUAUGGCUACAUGUUUAGACAAACUCUUAAAGAAAACCAAAAGACCUAUUCCGGAAGCAAUUCUAGGAAUGAUGGCUGUAGCGAUUGUAAAAGCAUUAAAUUAUCUGAAAGAGGAACAUGGAGUCAUCCAUCGAGAUGUGAAGCCAUCCAAUAUACUGUUAGAUGAAAGAGGUACUGUGAAGUUAUGUGACUUUGGUAUCAGUGGUCGUCUUGUAGACUCCAAGGCAAAGACAAGGAGUGCUGGAUGUGCAGCUUACAUGGCACCGGAAAGAAUAGACCCACCUGACCCACAAAGACCUGAUUAUGAUAUAAGGGCAGAUGUUUGGAGUCUGGGCAUCACAUUAGUGGAGCUAGCAACUGGAGAGUUCCCAUAUAAGAAUUGUAAAACCGACUUUGAAGUAUUAACAAAAGUCCUACAAGAAGACCCACCACUACUGCCCCCAGGGAAGGAGUUCUCCCACGAGUUCUGCUCAUUUGUUAGAGAUUGUUUAACAAAAGAUUAUAAGAAACGACCCAAGUACAAGAAAUUAAUUGAACACAAGUUCAUUAAACGAUAUGAGAAGGAGGAAGUAGAUGUAGCAGCUUGGUUUUCUGAUGUUACUCAUUUAAUGGCCGUCCAAUGUAGGUCCUGAUACAGUUGCAGAAGGACAGAGACAAAAUAAGCUCUGUUUAGGUCCUUGGAACAAUGCUGGUCCAUGAUUGGCACAGCUUAAAUCCUUGAGACAAUGCUGGGCAUUGGUCAGCACAGCUUGAAUCCAUCAACCAAUGCUGGUCACUGGUCUGCACAGCUGGAGCUUCCAGAAAAUGCUGAUAGCUGGUCAGUAUUGUAUAAGUACUUUGGAAAAUGUUGACCACUGGCCAGUGCAGUUUAGUUCCUAGAGCCAAUUGCUCCAUGCUGGUCAGUUCUGUGUAGAUCCUGGGAAGCCAUGCUUGAGACUGGUCAGUUCAGACCCUCAGGACAAUAUUGAAACACUUCUCAGAACUAGAGAGGUUCUUGUGUUGGAUAAUGGUCAGUACUGUAACUAAAGAUUCUUUGAAUAAUUGUGGUCACUGAACAGUACUCUAUUGAAUCUAAUGACCGCUGGUCAGCACACUUUUGAUCCUCAGGACAAUGCUGGACUUAAUUGGACAGUGGCCGGCCUACCCAUCCAAUCAUAACACUGUGUGCUGCUCAAGGGAAAUCAAAGAUUUCAUCACUCAUUUUAAAACCCAGGAUUUGAUGGGAACACUACUCGAUAUUGUGUUUAAUUGCAGUGCUUCUCCACAUUGACAUUGAUUGUGAUAUCGAUUAUACGAUGUUCUUAAUAUCAGAAAAUGUUUGGAUUUUUUUAGCACUUCUGUGAGGUAUUGCCGUCCGUCACUGUCCAUUGCACAUAAUCCGUGGUCUAUUAUGUGAAAAAUAUUUAUAAUUUCACAUACUCUUACUGAAUUUACAGGUGUAAGGGGAUCAGGGAUUUUUUUUCAACGUCUUGCCCUUUAAACCUGUGCUAGGGCUAUACACCAAGACGGGAGUUUACAGUUUAACAUUGUGUUAUUUUUCAAAAUAUUGAUAAAGGAUAUGGUAUUUAUUUAAGCUUGCUAAGAACAAAAUCAAUUAAACUUAAGGGAAACUAUGUAUCAUUAUUCUCUCAUAAACAAAUGUUAUAGAAAUGGAAAUUUACAUUACUUCUUAAUGCUUAAUGGAUCUGCCUAAUGUAAGUACUACAUAGAUAUCAACUGAACUUAACAUAUGAAGCAUGAAAAGAUAAAAUGCAAAUUUUCAAUUGAACUCAAAUUCAGGACUAAGGAAUUGACCUGAACGUGUCAUGAUUGGCAAUUUUCAAACAUUUUUUGGUCUAGGCCUAUCCAUUCUGUUUUCAUUUUGGCAACCAUAAACAAAUGAUGAAACUUUCUUAAAUCAUGUACCUGCUGUUCCGAAAUGAAACGACAACAAGGUUUACAUCUAUAAAAGAUAGCAAUUUAGUAAGUGACUGAGAAUUCAAAAGAAGUUGUGAUUGGAUUUUAAACCGUAAAAAGAUUCCAAAUAUAAAUAUUCCACAAAAUGUAUCGGAAGGAUGUCCUUGUGUUAUAGUUUCAUAGGUGGGUCCCAAAGAUGCAUACUUCCAACUGCUAUUUCCCUUACCGAUUACUGGUAUUGCACAAGGGAAGGAACCAUGCAUGGAGACUGAUCCUCCAACAAUAUGGGUUUUAUUGGAGGGUUAAUACUAUAAUGAUUAUAUAUAAAAAGGGGAAAAAAUCUGCUAAAAUCUUACUGAGGUGAGCAUUAAUCCCCAUGGGAUUUUCCCCUUAAUUUUUUUAUCUGAAGCUUUAUAUGUAAGAAUGUAAUAACUAUUAAAAAGAUUGAAAAAUACUUAAGAUAUGUGAGUUUUCAAAUUAAGUUGUAUUUUGCCUUCAAUAAAAUUAGGUUAUUCAUCACAUCAAACUGAAAAAAAGUUUGUCAUUUGUGUAUCCACACAUCUCCACUCUUGAUAUAGAUAUAUGUUAAUUGUUAUUACCUACCAUGCUUUAUCAAUUACAGUGAAUGACCGAUGUGUAUCAUUUCAACUGAACUGAAAACUGAUACUAGGAAAAAAACUUACUGCUUGUUUUUUGUACUGGUCUUCUUAACAAUUCAGUGUAUAAUUGUUUAAAUGAUAGUUACUAGGUUUUAAUUGGGCUCUGGAUAUCAAUUUAGGCUAUAGCACAAACAA